UUGAGUCGUAAAAUUCAAAAAUCAUAACGGAAAGUUGAUAUUUCUAAUUUCUGUGUUUCAGUGAAUUUUGGUGUUACAAAUAUAAUGAAUGAAAACAGUUAUAUUAGUGAUGAGGAAUUCAUCCCAUUUCUUCGUAGUUUAGGCGUGGAAACUUAUAAUAAGUCGUUUGAAUGGUUGCUGAGUGAUCCAGACUAUGCAGGUGUUUUGGGGUGGAUUUACAAUAAUUUAGAUCAAAACAAUGCAUUAACUGCUCGAGAAGAAUGCAGAUACUCUGAACUUGAAAAACAAGGCAAAGUGCUGUCAUCAGAGGACUUGGAAGCCAGCUUGCAUAAUAUUCAAAACGAGUUCAAGGGUCUGUGUCUACCAGGAGACCAGGAUGGCCUGGCAGACGUUAGACUUGAUAUCAGUUUGCAGAAACAGAGGCUGGAAAUGUUAAACAAACACGAUGAAAUUCUUAAGGAACUGAUACAGGAGAACCAAGCAACAAAUCAAGAACUCACAAUGGAGUUAUCAAAACUGUAUGCAGCUCAACAGCAAGAGGCAGAGGAUGAAGCCUCACUUGGGGAGGAGUGUGUGAAGCUGGCUCAGCAUGUGGAGGUCAUCACCAGUGACAUAGUGGACACUGUUGCUGGUGCCUUAAAUGUGUAUGGCAGCUGUGCUGGGGAUAAGGAGGCAAGCAAAAGAUUCGUCACAUACGGCCCCUUUGACUCGUACCAGCAGACAAAGGAGCUGUUCAAGUCACACGUGGACUUGUUCACGUUGCUGAAGUUCGACAGCAAACACAGUGAUGGCCUGGACAGUGAGGCCAAACUUGCAGUCAUUGAAGCCAAGAGUAUGGAGGACAGGUUGUCAGGUGCCAUUGCUGCCUACAUAGAAUCAAAAGCGGACUUAUCUGGGGAGCAAGCGAAAUUGGCCCUUAUUACUAACUACAAUGGUGGACAUUCCAGUCCAUAUACCACACAGGCACCUCACAAAUGUGCAAUUCAGUUAUUGGAACAAGAGGAGUCAAUAUUGGAGCAACAGAUACAGAACGCCAUACAGCGCUUUGUGGACAGACGCACCAGUCUCACUGUGGAUAGUAUAGCUAAAUCUACUCUACUUGUUAGAGAACAAAUCUACAAAGAUCUGACAUUUCUCAAAGACGUAAUAAACGAGGCAGCCGCAAUAGACCGCUUGCUGUACAACGCCCUGCAGCAUGAGUUGUAUUCUGCUCAAGAACUGUUAUGCUUCGCCUCUCACCUAAGAGGGUAUUUACUGCAGGAGGCUGACUCUGUUUCUGAGAGAAUUAAAUCAAUGGACGAUAUAUGUAUGGCACAAGACCAAGCAGAGAAUAAGCUGCAAAAUUCGGACAUCGUGCUCAAAAGUCUAUUCUCUAUACUAAAUGCAGAACCUGUUAGCGACCCGUUGCUACCCAUCAAACUUUACAACGAUAUACGCAGGAACAUAGGACAAAUGAAUGAGGAGAUAUUAUAUGGGUAUAAGAUGAAGGAAGCGGCUAUAGAAGAAAUCAAAAAUCAAGCAGAACCUCUACACAAAUUGAUUUGGGACGGAUGCACCAAACGGCCGAGCUGCCACAAGAGAAGCGUCUCCUCCCUGAAACAUGCGUUGACCCAGGAGACCGCAGGAGUUGAAGCCAGGGUGUUAAAGAUCAGUGAAUCCUUCAAUACUGUUAAGAAUGGCGAUAAAAAUAACUUAAGAAAGCUCUGGCAGUGGUUCCUCACAGAUCCCACGAAGUUGUUAGCAGCUAUAAGGCACGUGAGAAACUAAAGAUAUACAUAAUAUUGAGCGUAUUAUUUUAUGUAAAUUUUUAAAAUAUAAGUUAUAAUAUUUUA